AUGAAAAUACACGCUAUAAUAUUUGCUUUUGCCUUGCAACUUACACAGAGUUUGGCUAUAUCUCAAGAGGAGGCUGCAAAGAUAGGAACGGACCUCAAACAAAGACCCCCUGCUGGGGUUUCAUGGGAAGAAUGGCAUAUGAAGUCAGAGCAUGGAUUAGAUGACUAUGAUGCUGACUCGGUGUUCCAAUUACAUCUUUCGUCUAAAAAGGACGCCCUUACAAGAAAAGACAUACUUAAUAUGUAUGGGUUAUUAAGAACAGAGGUUGUGGGUAGUGGUGACGGAAUGGGUAGUCAUGAUGAAAGUGAAGGUAUUACUGAUGCUACCAAGGAGGAGAUCAUCGAUAAGGUUUUGAGCAUGUGUGAUUAUAAUAAGGAUGGAGAGAUUACUUUGGAUGAGUGGAGAAGAUUUUCAAAAAAUGGUGGCAGACUCCCUGAUAUGGGUGUUGGUGUGGGUCAUCAUGGUGACUUUGAGUAUGAAUACGAGAUUCAUCAUUGGUUGGAACACCACUCCGAAGAUGAUCCAGAUGUGAAAAUACAGCAUAAAGAAGACAUUGAACAUGAACUAUUACAUCAUGAACAUGAAAUUGAACAUGAGGAUGGUACUGAAGAUGGGCGUCCAAAGAAUUUCGUCAAAACAUCUGCCCAAGAAUUGAAUGCUCAGAUCAUUCUUGCUAACAUUCCUUCAAAGUAUCGUGCAUAUUGA